AUGGCCGAGCGCGGGUCGUCGCCGCAGCCAGAGGAAGACCCUGAUCUGGACAUCAAGGUGACACGCAAAAGCAGGAUCAAAAUGGGAAUGACCAACGAGGCCCAUGCACCGAGCACGGAGCACAAAAGUGCGCUGGAAAUGUUGAGUCGGUAUAACGAUUACACGAAGGAAGUAGCCGAGACCGCGAUGGUGGAAGCUCCGACGCAGAUUCCUGACGAAUUGCAGAUAAAAGAACUCAAGGAGCGCCGAUACAGAGCUCAGCUUGGUAAAUUGGAGAGCGUGAAACAGCAGGAGCUGGACGAAGAUUAUGACUCAGAGCAUGACUUCAAAACGAGACGCGGUAUAGACGACGACAUCGAUUUCGACAUCGAUUUGGAUGAUCGACUCGGCGACGGCCGAUUUGCAGUGGGGGCUGGCGAACAACGUGUGCAGAGGCUUUUGAGACAGGAGGAGAUUGAAGAAGCACUCUAUCAUGCUCAGCUUUCAGAGGAUGAGCAAGAGUUAGAUUACGAGGCCGAGGUGAGCAGACUAAAAGAGCAUAUCAGCAACCUGCAGGCUGCAGAGAACAAUGCCACGGAGAAACAAGCCGUUCUACAACAAAGGAUCGUUGACUUGAGCGUGCAACGGCGCGCGAUCGAAGAACAAUUGAAGGGUUUAUGCUAGUGCCAUGACAAU